AUACUACUCCAGUAUAAUAGUAAAAUAACGAGAUAUUGAAUGCGGUGAGCCUAUAAAUAAGGGUGGUUGGGGGAGUGAUGAACACAAGCAAACCCUGAGAGAAAGAAAGAGAGGCACAAAAACACACAGAGGCAGUGUGUGUGAGUUUGGAUGCGUCAGAAAGGAAGAUCAGACAAUCGUCGAUCCCGUUCUUUCUCCCGAUCCCGCAUUGCCGUUGAGGGUUCUUAAUUUCCCCAUUUCUCACUUUUUCAUUUACUAUAAUCAUCAUAAUUCGUAACAUGGGGGCCAAUGCUCAAGGUGUAGCUGCUGAAGCAGAGCGUGAUAUCCAGAAGAAGUACUGGGCUGAGCAUUCUGUCGACCUCACUGUUGAAGCCAUGAUGCUCGAUUCCAAAGCCUCGGAUCUUGAUAAAGAAGAGAGGCCUGAAGUACUUUCUAUGCUGCCAGCAUAUGAAGGGAAAACUGUCCUGGAACUUGGAGCUGGAAUUGGCCGUUUCACCGGUGAAUUAGCUGAGAAAGCUGGUCAGAUUCUGGCCCUGGACUUCAUUGAUAGUGUCAUUAAGAAGAAUGAGAGCAUUAAUGGACAUCACAAGAAUGCCAAAUUCUUGUGUGCUGAUGUCACAUCUCCUGACCUGAAGAUUGAAGAUGAGUCGAUGGAUUUGAUCUUUUCAAACUGGCUACUAAUGUACCUAUCUGACAAAGAGGUUGAAAAUCUUGCAGAAAGAUUGAUCAAAUGGUUGAAGGUUGGCGGGUACAUUUUCUUCCGAGAAUCAUGUUUCCAUCAAUCCGGGGAUCAUAAACGCCGGAACAAUCCUACCCACUACAGAGAGCCAAGAUUUUAUACCAAGAUCUUCAAAGAAUGCCAAAUUCGUGAUGGUUCUGGGAAGUCCUUUGAGUUAUCUUUGGUUGGCUGCAAAUGUAUCGGGGCCUAUGUCAGGAAUAAGAAAAACCAAAAUCAGAUCUGCUGGUUAUGGCAGAAAGUUGGUUCAGAAGAAGACAAAGGUUUUCAAAAAUUCUUGGAUAAUGUUCAAUACAAGUGUAAUGGCAUAUUACGCUACGAGAGAAUUUUUGGACAGGGCUAUGUGAGCACUGGAGGGUUUGAAACGACGAAAGAAUUUGUUGAAAAGCUGGAUCUUAAGCCUGGGCAGAAAGUCUUAGAUGUGGGAUGUGGUAUUGGUGGAGGGGACUUUUACAUGGCAGAGAAGUUUGAUGUUGACGUUGUUGGCAUUGAUCUCUCCGUUAACAUGAUCUCUUUUGCUCUUGAACGGGCUAUUGGACUUAAAUGUUCAGUUGAAUUUGAGGUUGCUGAUUGCACCAAAAAGACAUAUCCUGACAGCUCAUUUGACGUGAUCUACAGUCGUGACACCAUUCUUCACAUUCAAGACAAACCAGCAUUGUUUAGAACAUUCUACAAAUGGUUGAAGCCAGGAGGUAAAGUCUUGAUUAGUGAUUACUGCAAAGGACCUGGAACUCCCUCAGAAUCAUUUGCUGAGUAUAUUAAACAAAGAGGAUAUGAUCUCCAUGAUGUUGAAGCAUACGGUCAGAUGCUUAGAGACGCUGGUUUCAGUAAGGUUAUUGCAGAAGAUCGAACUGAACAGUUCCUAAAGGUUCUGCAGAAAGAAUUAGAUACAGUGGAGAAAGAGAAAAAUGAGUUUAUCCAGGACUUCUCUGAAGAAGACUAUAAUGAUAUAGUUGGUGGUUGGAAGUCCAAGCUGGUGAGGAGCUCAUCUGGUGAGCAGAAGUGGGGCUUGUUUAUUGCCCACAAACAGUGAUGUAAGAAGACUGCAAUCUCAUGUCGAGCAGAGGUGGGGCUUGUUCAUUGCCCACAGUGAUGUAUAAGAAGACUGCAAUCUCGUGUUGUUUGACUAGUUUUGUUGUAUUGUACUAGCUUGGUUUGAGAAACCCUUGUUUGAAGAAUAAAGUAUAGCUCUUUCCUGGGGCUCUACAAAUGAUAUUUGUUUUUCAAUUAAACUUUGUACCUUCUGUUAUUGCA